UCCCUCACCCCGUCUGCUUCACGAGCAUGGGCUGGCUGCUUUCUCUGCCUUCAUUGUGCAUCUUUGAGCCGUUCUGACAUAUGCGCUCCCCCUCUGCCUUCCCGCUGCUUUCUUUUUGCCUUCUUUCCAUCGACCCCUUUCCUCACCAGGGGAGCCAGUCUCUCUAAGUUUUUGUCCUGCUUUUUCCAGGAUACGAAAAAAGGAGCAGUAGCAGAGAUCACCGGCAGAGAAGACCGUUACCACAAAACAGGAAAAAGGAAGUGGGCAGUGACCUGUGCGAGAGGGGACUGGAGCCGAACAGCUGUGGCUCAACAGUUUUUGGAUGUUGGGAAUGAGAAAACCACAUCAGAGCAGUCUGCGAGAAGAAGAGCAAGGGAAAAAACUGAGACGGAGAACCUGUUGGAUUCACACUUGAGGGGGGAAAAACCCUCUACAACCUGAGGACGAAAAGGAGAAAGACAUUUUGGUGAUAAAACACCAAAAAACUAGAAAUCUGACUUUUUUCUAAAAAACAUCAGAACCUGGAGUUUCUGUUUAGCCGAGUCAGACGUCAUCCGGUUGAAGAAAUACCAGAUCAAAAUCUGACCAGCAGCGGUUCUGAUCGGUCUGAACCCAGAAGACAGACCCACAGGUUCCCGAUUUGGAGUGACUUGGACUUUUUUUCUUACUUGUAAGCUUAAAGCCCAAAGUCUUAGCAAAAGCCGAGGUUCUUCAAUAAUCUAAUUCUUAAAUAUUCUGGGAUCUGACUUUGGAAGUGUCCUUGGAAUUAUAUCUUUGCGAUACUUGUUGAAGAGACUUCAACAGACUUUCUGAUUCCCGGAAAAGGUUCAGUCAAAGGCUUUGGAGGAAAUAGCUACUUCAGCUGAAAUCUCUUACAUUGAUGAAAACACCUGUUUCUAGAGUUAAAGCAGACUUUCAGCAUCAUCGAUCAAGUACGCAAUCGCUAGAGGAUUUGGGCUUCACCAAGACAAGAGUCAAACCAGACAAUGGCGUGGCUCCAGGUGCAGACAGGACUCCUUCUCACUUUGGCGCUCCAAUUCUUUGUCAUCGUCGCUCCAGACACUGGUCUUCCUGGGAUGGUACCAGAAAGACCAGACUCGGUUGACAUUGUGAAGAAAGAGUCCCAUCCGGUGCUGGUCAGACGGAAGAGGGAUUGGUUGUGGAAUACCAUUUCUGUGACAGAAGAGAGAGAGGAACCCAUCCCUUACAAGAUAGGACAGCUCCGGUCAGACCGAAAAGUGGCAGUGAGGACGUUUGCAAUAGAAGGUGAAGGAGUGAACCAAACCUUCAUUGUGGACAACAAAGGAAACCUGUAUGUCAAGGAGCGUCUGGACAGAGAGAAGAAGGCCUUGUAUCAUCUGACGGCCAGGAUGUACGAUGGAAACGGCCUGUUGAUAGAGGACGCUGGGGAAUUUGCUAUUGAAGUGAACGAUAUCAACGAUAACUGCCCAGUUUUUCAAGAAGAGUACAAAGGAUCCGUCAUGGAGAGAACAAAGGAUACAGUGGUUCAAGUGAAGGCGACCGAUGCAGACGACCCAAACACGGACAACGGACAAGUCAGGUACACUCUGCCCAAUGGCCGGACUUCUGGUUUAUUUGAAAUCAACUAUGAAACAGGUGUGAUCACCUCCAAGGUAAGCAGCCUGGACCGGGAGACAAAGAGUCAGUAUAUGGUGGUGGUCCGGGCUCAGGACAUGAAAGGAAGGGAGUCUGGCUGCAUUGCCACCACCUCAGUGGCCAUCACCAUCACUGACGCCAAUGACAACAUAGCAUCUUUUACCAAAAGAAAAUAUGAAAUAAGUGUCCCAGAAAACCUUAAAGUUAACGAGAAGAUUGCCGUGCUGGAGUUAACAGACUUAGACGAGGACGAGAACAAGCAGCCCAUCUUUUCUAUUCCAAGUGGCAAUGGGAAUGUAUUCAGCUCCAAACCCAGUAAGGAUAACGACUGCAUACUGGUGCUCAAACAGGCUUUAGACUACGAGACGCAGAAUAACUACACCUUCACUGUCAGGGUGGAUGAACGGCUACAAUUUUCUCCAGCAGAAAACCUCAAUGUCGCAAAUACAACGGCACAGGUGACCAUCAAGGUGACGGAUGUGGACGAGCCGCCGGUUUUCACUCGCUCCGUCUAUAACUUCAGCGUUCCAGAGGAGCAGAUGGAAAAAACAAUAUUGGGGACAAUUCAAGCCAGAGACCCGGAUGGAGUCAGGAAGCGCAUAGAGUACUCCAUCCUGGAAACGGGCUUACCCUUUAGGAUCGACCCGACCACUGGUCAGCUGUCGGUUAUGAGGAGGCUGGACAGAGAGGUGGAGGAGCAACACAUGUUUAAAGUUAAGGCACAAGAGGAGAACGGUGGCCUGGCGUCAUUUGCUGAGAUUUUUGUAACGGUUCUGGACGUCAAUGACAAUCCACCUGAACUGACUGCCAAUGAUAUCUUUGUGUGUGAGAACGACGUCAGAAACACGGUGAUUGGUAUCUUGGGAGCCUCGGACAAAGACGAUCAAGCAGCUAGCUUCACUUUCAGUCUUGCUCUUCCCAGCUCCAACUUCUCCAUCAGAGACCACGGCAAUAACACGGCUGCUUUACUGGUGAAGGAGGGCCCCUUCAACCUGGAGGAUUCCAGUGAUUACAGUGUGGAAGUGCGCAUCAGUGAUGGAGGCCAGCCUCUCAUGAGCAGCAUCACCAAACUGCAAAUAAAGUUAUGCCAGUGUGACGCCAAGCGAGUUUUUUCAAGGUGUAAGGCCAGUAUGCAGAGGAUGGGGGUCAGCGUCCAGGCCCUGCUUGCCAUACUGCUGUGCAUACUGACCAUACUGGUGAUAGUGAUCCUGAUUGUGAUGAGGAAACAUUAUCAGAAGGAUUCUUUGGCCAGUAUGAAGAACAGCGGUGAGAUCCAUGAGCAGCUGGUCACAUAUGAUGAGGAAGGAGGAGGAGAGAUGGACACAAAUGGCUACGACGUUUCAAUUCUCACCUCGGCGUGUAACGACAGCUCCCUACUCCGCCACCCCGACCGCCGCUCCCACCCCUCCAUGUACGCCAUGGUCCAGAAACCCCACCACCUCUCUCAGCCCACAGCCUGCAAAGGCGACAUGGCAGCCAUGAUCGAUAUGAAGAAAGACGAGGCCGACCACGACCGAGACGGAUUCCCAUAUGACACUCUACACAUCUAUGGCUAUGAGGGACCAGAGUCUCUGGCGGGAAGCCUCAGCUCUCUGGACAGUUCCUCCUCAGGAUCAAACUUGGAUUACGACUUCCUCAAUGACUGGGGGCCGAGGUUCAAGGCACUGGCUGAGCUGUAUGGCGUGGACGGUGCCGACUACUACCAUCAGUACUGAGAGCAAACUUGACAACCCCCCCGCCGAGUGCCUCACGGGUUCACGUCUAGUUGAAAAUAGCCAUAGAAAUAGGACAGACAGAAGCAGGAAACAGAAAACAGGAACAUUUCCUUACAGCAGGCAGAUAGCCGAGCGUCCCCAAGACACUUCACCAAACACAAUUUUGUUUUCACUCUGUUAUCAUGUGUGAUUCAGCAAUCCAUUUUUGUUUGUGUCGCUUACCUAUUCACUCAUAAUCACUAAGCAACCUUCAUCAACAUCCAGGAGGUUCCAACACGAUGAAUGAAGUUGACGUGGGUCAGGAUUUUACUUUAUGCUCUAAAAAGCUGGAAAAAACUCGCCAAAAUAAGACUUUUGUUUCUCACUAAAGGGCAGAGAGGCAGUAGGGAUGGUGUGAUAUAAAACUAUUGGUGUUUUAAAACUUUAACUUUUGUAAUUGUUUGUACACCUUGUAAACCUAAUCAUAACUGAUCUGGGAUUAUGAAUUUGUUAAUGUUAGUCAUGUUCUUAGUAUAUGCUUUUACUCCAAUAUGAAGCAACUUUUUUGAUUACACACAAAGUGUUGCUGAUAAAUCCCUUUUUCUUCACCUAUUCAAACUUUUGAACAAGUUUUCUAAAUGUGAACACAUUCAUAAACUCUUGGACUUGAUGUGAUUUUAUAUGAAGUAUGAAACCGUAUAGACUUCCCAACAUGGACUCUUAUCCUUAGAUAAGACUUCCUCUCUUAAGAGAAAGUCUUAUAUUGAUUUCAGUCCUACUUGGAAUGUUACACACUCCAAGUGAAAGCAACACUUUUCUGAACUUUGUUAUUUUCAAAUAGGAUUGCUUGGGGAUUUUAAUGUACAAAGAAAAAAAAAAAACACAGGAAUUUGAGCUGUGACGGUUUGGAGGUGUUUGAUCACAGCGAGGUGACGGCUAGCUUUUCUUUAUCUGAGACAUUAUUAACAUCCAUCUUUGGCUCUGAGCUCCCACUGCAAUGUCCAGUGGGUUUUCUCAGUGAUAUUUAAUGUCUUCAUGGAGCAAAUAAGUAAUUUUUCUUCUUUUUCGCUCACCAUCGGGUGUCUAAGCAGCAGUCAUGUUUAAAACUUUUAAAAUGAGUUAAAUUUUGCCCAUAUUUAGAUUUUUAUGGGUUAAAAUCUGAACAUAAAGGCCAGUUUGGUUACCAAGUUGUUGUGUGCCUUCAUAGGCCAGACUUCCUCUGUGCUGAGAAAGAGCAAAACUAGACAAUAGAAAGACGGAAAGGAAAUGGCUCUACUGCUGCUCUGACAGAAUUACAGCUUGUUCCUGGCUUUUAUUUGACAGAACUCAUCAUCACAGUUAUUGUUGUGAUGAAAGCUGCGUCCUCAGAGGCAGAGUCAAACAAACCUAAUUGACUCGGAUCAGGAAGCAGAGAGCAGCAGCUGCAGCUUGUUGGGCUGCAGUGAUGUGCCUGAUGUGCUUUGAUAACUUUAACCUCUCAGCCUCUUCGGCUUCUGUCCGCUCAUCGAACCUCCAACUUAAAAUCAAAGUUUUCUUUGGCUGAUUAUUGAUCUGUGGCUCAGAUUUGUUUUUAAGAACAGCAUUCAAAAUAUUUUUGACUUCCUGAAAUGAGUCAGUAGUUCAUAUGAAAGAUGGUGUCGUCUCGCCGUGUGUGAGAGAGCAGUCACUGUAGAACAAAAUUUUAAUGUUAUUUUUACAAAUGCACCAUAUAUAUCAGCAAUAAUAUCUGUAUUGGACAAUAUUUGUCAUUUUUUAGCAUAUCAGUAUCGGUCUGUUAAAUACACAUUUUCAUAUAGGUUCAUCCUAAAGAACGUUUUAAUUAAAUUAUUACAAAUUUCCAAUUUGAGCCAUAGACGACAACCUACUAAGUCACCAUGUUAAGCUAGCUGUUUUUGCUAGAUUAGCAAAAACAGCUGUGUACAUUUGUAUUUGCCUGACAAUCUCCUAACUUUUCCUUAAAGAUUUGACAGAAGCUGCCAUUAUUUCCAAAUACUCCAUAAUUCCCAACAGACUGAAGGUUUAAACCUGAACAGCUCUGUUUAGCCUUCCUGUUAUCUCCUGAAACAGUCUGUCUCUCUGCCUGCAAACACAUGUCAUUAUAUAGUGGCUACUUGUAUUCAACAUGCUGAAUACACAGCUUCAGCUUAAUUAGAUUCUUACAACUCUGUUGUGCUAUAAUUUAAUUUCAAAUACUUUGAUACUGCAAGUUAGCUUCUAGCUGUCUUCAUUCAGUAAUAGCAUCCACACCAAAGAGUUUUGGCCUCAAUCUGACUUGGCAGUGCGUUCGUACUAUUUUUGACUUUCUGCCUGAUGAGUUACUGAUCAGAGCCAAACAAACUGAAAUUCAUCUAAUUCUGGUCUCAAGUCAAUUUUUUGUUUCAACUUUUGUUGAUUUUUAGUGCAGAUAUGGAAAAUAAUGAAGACCUUGUAGGGUACAAAAUGCAGUUUUAAGAAUCUUGAAGGCUUUGCUGAGACUCAUAGCUAUCGAUGCUGAAUUCCUCCUGUUCUUAUUAUUGCCACUUAUUUUUCCCACAACUUGCAGAUACACUUUAAUGGAAAUAUGAUUCAGUCACUUUGCUAAAAACAUCAACGGAGUGACAGAUAAUCAAUAGAUAAAUGAGACCAAAGCAGCUCUUUGCUCUUUCUCAGAACAGUUUAUAUGGAGAAUGAAAACGAAACGUAAAGUCACAUUUUUAUUUUUGUGUUAAGUUUCAUGCUGACAUACAAAUCAAAGUUACAAAUCUUGACUAAUCCAAUCCUGUUUGGACCUCACACAUUACAUUUACAGUAUAUACUGUAUUUCCAUGUGAAUAACUGGUAGCAACAAAUCAUUCAAAAUGUCUCUCUCUUUUCUUUGGGACAUUUUGAAUGAACGUUCUCUGCUGGGUUUCUGGCUCCUGGGUAACUGGAGUAAUCAGGAGUAACUACUCCCCCGCAGACCUCCUGACCUUUAACCCUGGCCUAUGGAGCAACUGGCUGAGAGCCUGAUUAUUACUCAUUACCAUUUAAAUAAUAACAGGCUGGUCAUAAAUGAUGGCUUCUGCCAUUAAAAACUCAUUCAUAACCAGCCAGAAAGCGAAAAGGUCACUAACUGUGUGCAGUAAUGACAUCACGCCGUUGUUCUGAAAAUCCACUUUGUGCGUUACUGACGGCUCCUUUGUUUAGAAAUGUAUUUUUUCUCUCCAGCUUUAGUUUAUUUGCUCUGCUGUUUAUUCUGUUUUUCUUGGCCUGCAGUGCUUCUUUAAAAGACGGACCUGCUGGAAAUGUCACAGGAUAAACGUGGGAACAAUAGCUGGAAGCCGACUCUGCUUACUUCACUUUUAUAUUUAUAUACAAUGAGAGCAGAAUGUUGCCGUAUCUGCCCCCUUCCCCCUUUUUUUGUCCUUUAAUCAGCUAAAGCAAACAGCGGGCCCAGCUUCCUGUCCAUCUGGGAGCUGGCCCCGCCCUUUCCUGUCUGCAUUAUCUCUCGUAUUGUGUUGACUUCCUGUUAGGAGGAGGUGGGAAGUGUCUUGGAGGGGAAGAGGGAGCGAUUUGAGUAGAAACACGGGAUGAGGGGAAGGAACGGGGGUUAGGGUGGGAUAAGGAGGGACAAGGGGAGAGGAGAAACACUAAAGAACAAAAUGUCUGAUGAAAUAUUGGGGCAUAACACAAAACAUGAGAAAAACCUUCUUUAUGAAGCAUUACAUUUCUUUUCUGAAAUCUAAAUUUCAGAUGAAUCUUAAAAUAAUGUGAGAAAUUAUCAUACGGUAUACAUGAAAAUGUAAACAGUUUUAGGCCAUAAAAUCAAAAGGACCAAAGUUAGGAUGGGAAGAAAACACUGGACUGGAGCUUUUUUUUUAAAAAGGUUUUAUUGGCUCUAGCCUUUAUUUGAUAGUGAAUUGACAGGAAAGUGGGUAAUGAG